AUGAAGUCCUUGAGCAGCUACUUCAAACAGAAAAACACAUCCUUAACGGAAACAAGCUCCGCUAACACAGACACCCACUACGAAAUCGAUGGCACUACAAAGGGAAUCACGCAUGUCGAGUCCUUCUCCAGUUCCAACGACCAGUAUUCACAGGAAAUAAGGGAAACAAAAGGCACACAUGGGUAUGACUUCCACCUAGAAAAAGAAACGGGAGAAGACGGACAAGAUGGUAAUGAUAGUGGCAGUGUAAAUGAGGAAGAAGCUCAGGAUUUGGAGCUCUUUGAUGUUCCGCCAGAAGGCUCGAGGUUGAAGAGAGACUUCAAGAAAAGACACGUUGAUAUGAUGGCAAUAGGUGGGGCCAUUGGUACUGGUUUGAUUAUAGGUACUGGAACGGCGUUAAAGCGUGGGGGUCCUGCGUCGAUGUUUAUCAGUUUUAUAUUUACGGGCUCUUUGUUGAUUGUCGUGUUGUUAUCCUUGUCGGAAAUGGCAGCAUUCGCCCCAAUGGAUAAAUCCUUCUCUGGUUAUGCAGCAAAGUACGUGGAUCCGGCAUACGGUUACGCCACAGGUUGGAACUAUUUCUAUAAGUAUUCCAUCAAUCUAGGAGCAGAGUUGAGUGCCAUUGGUUUGGUCAUCCAAUAUUGGAGACCAGACUUAAAUGCAGGUAUUUUUAUUUCUGUUUUUCUUGUUGUCUUGAUGACUUUCAAUUACUUCAGUGUCCGUUAUUUUGGUGAGGUUGAAUUUUGGGGGUCUGUCACCAAAUUAUUGGUAUUGUUUAUUUGUUAUGUGACUGCCAUUGUGAUUACAUCGGGCGGUGGACCAAAACAUCAAAGUAUUGGGUUUCAAUAUUGGAGGGAAAAUGCGUUUGUGGAGUACUUGGUCCCCGGUGCCACGGGGAGAUUUUUGGGGUUUUGGGCUUGCACCGUUCAAUCAUGUUUUGCUUAUACAGGCAGUGAGACCAUUGGUAUCUAUUUUGGUGAGGCUCCAAACCCUAGAAAGACGAUCCCUGGAGCUGCACGGAAUGUUUUGUUUCGUAUCUGUGGGUUUUACAUUGUGGGUGCAUUACUAAUUGGAUUGAUUAUAUCACCAAAGGACCCCUCUUUGGCUAGUGCAAAUACAUCCAACGCAUCAGGUUCCCCCUUUGUCAUUGCUUUUGAAAAUGCACGUAUUAGAGGUAUGCCUGAUUUCAUCAACGCAAUGCUAUUGGUUUUCAUUAGCACGGCAGCAAACGCAAAUAUUUUCAUCAAUGCAAGGACAAUGUACGGGUUGGCAAGAGAUGGACAAGCUCCUAAACUUUUCAUGAAGGUCAACAAGUUCCACGUUCCCUACUAUGGAGCAGCUUUGGGUGGUAUCAUUAGUCUCAUAGCAUACAUGGAGUGUGGAUCAACUUCGGCUGCUAACGUUUUCGGCUAUUUGACCAGCUCGGUCACAGUUUUUGGUAUUUUGAACUGGAUAUCCAUUCUAAUCUCCUACAUCAGAUACAGGAAAGGUAUUGAGCUGCAUAACAUCCCCCAUGAGGCAAUUCCUUUCAAGAUGUGGUGGCAACCAUAUCCUGCGUAUAUUGCCUUGUUUUUCAUAUGCACAAUCACCUUCUUCUUUGGAUAUUCGUCGUUUGUCCAUGGCUUCCAUUACAAACUGUUCCUCACUUCAUACGUUGGACUUUUCGUCUACUUGGGGAACAUAUUCCUAUGGAAGUUUUGGAAGAAGACAAAGAAGGUCGAUCUAUUAGAAAUGAAAGAAUUCUAUACGACGAAUGCAGAACGUAAUUUGCGCUUGUAA